GCUGUGAGAUUUUCAAGAAUCCUGUAACUCUUCAUUGUAACCACAGCUUCUGUAAAGCAUUUCUGGAUCAGUGCUGGAGAGAGAAGGAAACUCGGAUCGUCCACCCAAUUUCACGCGCAGGAAUAUUAUGGCUUCUAAAGCACAUACUGGAAUACUCUGCAGUCUGCAUGAUGAGAAACUGAAGCUGUUCUGUGUGGAUGAUAAAGAGGCUGUCUGUGUUGUGUGUCAAACUUCAAAGAAACAUGAGAAUCACAAGCUCCGUCCUGUUCAGGAGGCUGCACAGGAUUAUAAGGGAGAACUCAAGACUGCACUGAAGCCCUUGCAGGACAAGCUGGGAUCCUUUAAUAAAGUUAAAAAUGAAUGUGAUGAAACAGCAGAGCACAUCAAGAAACAAGCCCAGCAAACAGAGAGGCAGAUAAAGGAGGAGUUUGAGAAACUUCACCAGUUUCUACGAGAUGAAGAAAAGGCCAGGAUAGCCGCACUGAGGAGGGAAGAGGAACAAAAGGGAAGAAUCAUGAAAGAGAAGAUUAAAAAUAUUACAAGAGAAAUCUCAUCCCUUUCAGACACAAUCCGAGGGAUAGAAGAGGAGAUGGAAGCUGAAGACAUCAUCUUCCUGCAGAAGUACAAAGACACACAGAGAAGAGCCGAGUGCACACUGCAGGAUCCACAGUGUGUUUCAGGAGCGCUGAUAGAUGUAGCCGAGCACCUGGGCUCUCUGAAGUACAAAGUGUGGGAGAAGAUGCUGGGGAUUGUUCAAUACACUCCAGUGAGUCUGGAUCCCAACACAGCACACCCUGCUCUGAUACUGUCUGAGGAUCUAACAAGUGUGAGUCUCAACAAGGAGAGACAGCAGAUUUCUCACAACCUAGAGCGGUUUGAUCACUCUGCUUGUGUGCUGGGCUCUCAGGGAUUCACUUCAGGGAGACACUGCUGGGAUGUGGAACUGGGAAGCAAUAGUUAUUGGUUUCUGGGUGUGACUAAAGAGUCCAGCCAGAGGAAAGGGAAAUUCACUCUGAGCCCAGGAACAGGAUACUGGGUUAUAGGCCUGUUGGAUGGGGAUCAGUACUGGGCAUGGACCUCACCACGGACACGACUCACUGUGGAGAAGAAACCCCAGAAGAUCAGAGUUCAGCUGGACUGUGACGGGGGGGAGGUGGCAUUCUUUGACUCCAGUGAUAUGAAAAAACCUCUCUACACUUUUAAACACAGAUUUACUGAGAGAAUGUUUCCAUAUUUCUCUCUUGGCUCUUCUGCCCCCUUCAGAGUGUGCCCUGUGAAGACAGUUAUAAAAGUGGACUAGCCCAAUUUGUGGCCCUCAUUUAGCAUUUGCCUUUUUGAGCCUUUCUACGCAUGUGCAAAACUUAGACCUUCAAGGCAAGGCUCUCUGUGGAUAUUCAUUUAAAAUUACAGGACACCAUUUGUUUAAUUUUUAUGAUAAAUACAUUUUAAUCUCAGGAGUUCUCGCUGUAUUUUAGUUUAUUUUAAUGUAAAUAUUUUAAAAACAUUUUGUUGGUAUAUUUCUUGUCUAUGCAUAAACGCUGAGAUUGUGUUUCUGUAUUUUUUGAUAGACAAAUGAAGUAAUAAAUAUUGAUUAUCGAG